AUGACAACCAGCAGCCGUUCAUGUCCUGUACCAGCGGUGAAUGGACAUAUGAAUCACUACCCAGCCACCCACUACCCUUUCCUGUUUCCACCGGUCAUUGGUGGUCUUUCUCUUCCUGCCCUGCAUGGAUUUCAGGGUCACCCUCCGACAAGCGGGUGCAGCACCCCUUCUCCUGCAA